GCAUGGAGGCGUUGGCGAUGAGAAGCGUCAUUCGUCGAAAGGGGAUUGGGAACAUCCACACAAUAAACGAAGAAGGCAACAGGCACCUUUUUCUCACGUUGGUGUGAAAUGAGGGCAACAUGGGGGCCAAAGAGUCAAGUUUAGGUUUUUUAUCGUAUGAUGAGGCCGUCAAGAGAGUGACCGACGUGGAGCUGAAGAGGCUGAAGGACGCCUUCAGGAGGACCAGCGGCCUGUCCUGCUACAUGAGCCAGCAGUGCUUCUUCCGGGAGGUGCUGGGGGACGCCGUGCCCCCCAAAGUGGCAGAGGUGAUCUACACCUCAUUUGGAGGCACAUCAAAGGGGCUGCACUUUAACAACCUCAUUGUGGGCCUGGUACUGCUCACGAGAGGACGAGAUGAAGAGAAAGCCAAAUACAUCUUCAGCCUGUUCGCCAGCGAGUCGGGCAGCUAUGCGGUGCGGGAGGACAUGGAGAGCACCCUGCGGACCAUGGACGGGGAAGUCCCGCCCUCUCUCCGGAAGUGCUUCACUGAGGGAGAGAAAGUCAACUACGAGAAGUUCAAGCUCUGGCUCCUGCAGAACAAGGAGGCCUUCACCUUCUCCCGCUGGCUCCUCUCCAGCGCCGUGUGCGUGACCCUCACCGACGACAGCGACACGCCCACCUUCUACCAGACGCUGGCCGGCGUCACUCACCUGGAGGAAUCGGACAUCAUUGAUCUGGAGAAGCGCUACUGGCUCCUGAAAGCUCAGUCCAGGACCGGCCGUUUUGACUUGGAGACGUUCGUCCCCCUGGUCUCCCCCCCUAUUCAUGCGUCACUCAGCGAAGGUUUGUUCCACGCCUUCGAUGAGAACCGGGACAAUCACAUCGACUUCAAGGAGAUCUCGUGCGGGCUGUCCGCGUGCUGCCGGGGGCCUCUGGCUGAGAGGCAGAAGUUUUGCUUCAAGGUGUUUGACGUGGACCGCGACGGGGUCCUGUCCCGGGCAGAGAUCCGAGAGAUGGUGGUGGCGUUGCGCGAGGUCUGGAAGGACAACCGCACCGAUAAUCUCCCCGAGUUGCAUGCUAAUGUGUCUGACAUUGUAGAAGACAUCCUGAAGGAACAUGACACUACUAAGCUGGGCCAUUUGACUCUGGAGGACUACCAGAUCUGGAGUGUGAAGAGUGCUCUGGCCAAUGAGUUCCUGAACCUGCUGUUCCAGGUGUGCCACAUCGUCCUGGGGCUCCGCCCCGCCACGCCCGAGGAGGAGGGGCAGAUCAUCAGGGGCUGGCUGGAGAGGGAGGCGCGGUACGGGCUCCAGCCGGGGCACCACUGGUUCCUCAUCUCCAUGCAGUGGUGGCAGCAGUGGAUGGACUACGUGAAAUACGACAACCGGCUGAUCGUGGUGGAGCAGCCCUCGGUGGUGGGCGCGGGGAAGGGCUCGCUGUCGGGGCCCUCCGGGGAGCAGGCCUCGGACGCGGGCGGCAUGGCCGGCUCCCACAGCUCCUCCGAGGAGAAGUUCUCCGACAACGUCUCCAGCGCGUCGGAGGCGUCCGAGACCGCCGGAGGAAGUCUCAUCCCCUCCAGCUCAGGCACAGACAUCUGCUUCGCUCGGCAGCACGCCGCCUCAGACAACAACAACCAGUGCUUCCUGGGAGCCAACGGCAACCUGCCCCCCCACCUGGCGGCCCAGAGGCCGGGCGCCAUCGACAACCAGCCCCUGGUCGCCCCGGAGCCCCUGAAGGCCCCCACGCUGACCCUGGAGGGCGGGCGUCUGAAGCGAUCCCUGACGGCGGGCCGGGACUUUGAGACAGUCCCCGAGCCGGUGUGGAGGGCGCUGUACCACUGGUACGGUGCCAACCUGAGCCUGCCCCGCCCGGUGAUCCGGGACCAGAAGUCGGACGUGGCUGAGCUGGAGCUCUUCCCCCGACACCUGCUCUUCCUGCGGCAGCAGCCCGCCUCCCGCACCCCCCAGUCCAACAUCUGGGUCAACAUGGGUAACGUGCCGUCUCCCAGUGCCCCUCUGAAGCGGGUGCUGGCCUACACGGGCUGCUUCAGCAGGAUGGACACCAUCAAGGACAUCCACGACUACCUGUCCCAGCGGCUGCGCAUCAAGGACGAGGACAUGCGCCUGUGGCUCUACAACAGUGAGAAUUACCUCACACUGCUGGAUGACGAAGAUCACAGAUUGGAAGAUUUGAAGAUACCAGAUGAACAGCACAUGGUCAUCGAAGUCCGAAACAAGGACAUGAGCUGGCCUGAGGAAAUGUCCUUCAUCGCCAACAGCAGCAAGAUGGACCGACACAAAGUUCCGACUGAAAAGGGGGCCACGGGGCUGAGUAAUCUGGGGAACACCUGCUUCAUGAACUCCAGCAUCCAGUGCGUGAGCAACACCAAGCCUCUGACGGAGUACUUCACCUCAGGGAGGCACCUGUACGAGCUCAACAGAAUCAACCCCAUGGGGAUGCGCGGUCACAUGGCCAAGUGCUACGGGGACCUGGUCCAGGAGCUGUGGAGCGGGACGCAGAAGAACGUGGCGCCUCUGAAGCUCAGGUGGACGAUAGCCAAGUACGCCCCGCGGUUCAACGGCUUCCAGCAGCAGGACUCCCAGGAGCUGCUGGCGUUCCUGCUGGACGGCCUCCACGAGGACCUCAACCGUGUCCACGAGAAGCCCUACGUGGAGCUGAAGGACAGCGACGGGCGGCCGGACAGGGAGGUGGCCUCUGAGGCCUGGGACAACCACCUGAGGAGGAACCGCUCCAUCGUGGUGGACCUGUUCCACGGUCAGCUCCGGUCCCAGGUCAAGUGCAAGACCUGCGGUCACGUCAGCGCGCGCUUCGACCCCUUCAACUUCCUGUCCCUGCCCCUGCCCAUGGACAGCUCCAUGCACUUAGAGAUCAUCGUGAUCAAGCUGGACGGCUCCACGCCGGUGCGGUACGGCCUCCGGCUCAACAUGGACGAGAAGUACACGGCGCUGAAGAGGCAGCUGAGCGAGCUCUGCGGCCUGAAGCCCGAGCAGAUCCUGCUGGCCGAGGUGCACUCCUCCAACAUCAAGAACUUUCCGCUGGACAACCAGAAGGUGCGGCGGGCGGCGAGCGGGUUCCUGUGCGCGUUCGAGGUCCCUGUCCCGGGCACGCCUACGUCCGUCGUCUCCCCCGUGCGCGCCGACGUUGCACCCCUGCUGAACGGGACGGCGGUCCCGGCCGCCAGCGGCGGCGGCUUGGCGAAGCCCAGCGUGCUGCCCAACGGCAUGCCCAGCACCGUGGUGCCCUGCGGGACGGAGAGGGGCCUGGCCAACGGCAUCCCCAACGGCCACGUGGUGCCCGUGCAGGACAGCCCCUUCACCGGGUACAUCAUCGCCAUCCACCGGAAGAUGAUGCGCGCGGAGCUCUACUUCCUGUCGUCGCAGAAGAACCGGCCCAGUCUGUUCGGCAUGCCGCUCAUCGUGCCCUGCACGGUGCGCACCCGGGCCAGGGACCUGUACGACGCCGUGUGGAUACAGGUGUCCCGCCUGGCCAGCCCCCUGCCCCCUCAGGAGGCCAGCAACCACGCCCAGGACUGUGACGACAGCCUGGGCUACCAGUACCCCUUCACCCUGCGCGUGGUGCAGAAGGACGGGAACUCCUGCGCCUGGUGCCCGUGGUACAGGUUCUGCCGCGGCUGCACGGUCCACUGCAACGAGGACCAGGCUGCCGUGUGGAACGCCUACAUCGCCGUGGACUGGGACCCCACCGCCCUGCACCUGCGCUACCAGACCUCCCAGGAGAGGACGGUGGAGGAGCACGCCAGCGUGGAGCAGAGCCGCCGGGCGCAGGCCGAGCCCAUCAGCCUGGACAGCUGCCUGCGGGCCUUCACCAGCGAGGAGGAGCUGGGCGAGGACGAGAAGUACUACUGCUCCAAGUGCAAGACCCACCGCCUGGCCACCAAGAAGCUGGACCUGUGGAGGCUGCCCCCCGUCCUGAUAGUCCACUUGAAGCGGUUCCAGUUCGUCAAUGGGCGCUGGAUCAAGUCUCAGAAGAUAGUGAAGUUCCCCAGGGAGAAGUUCGACCCCAGCGCCUUCCUGGCGCCGAGAGAGGAGGCGGACGGCCAACAGGGGCCGGAGGAGUGCCCGGGGGAGGAGCCUCAGGAGGCGGGGCCAACGCCGAAGGCCAGUGAGGACGAGGCGGGGAGCGUACCUUCCGUCGCUGCCCCGGCCGGUCCUCCCAACAGCACCAAAGCUUCUCCUGCGGCGGGCCGGAAGUCCAGCGCCCCGGUGGGUGGGGACUGCGGCUCCUCCCACUGCCCCAGGAGCGGGGGCCGGAGGGCGGGGCGACUGCGCCUGCCCCAGCUGGGCAGCAGGCACCGCCUCUCCGACAGCAAGGAGAGCCUGGACGGCGGGCGGGAGAGCUCUACGGAGCGCGAGCAGGAGCAGGAGCAGGGCGCGGCCGAGGGGGAGGCCCCCCCGGGGAGGGACGCCGACGCCACCGCCGCAGCGACGGAAGGGCUCUGCCAGGAGAACGGACAGAGCGACGGACACGCGGAGGACGGCACGGACCUGGAGCCCGCCCAGCGCCAUGGAGACGACGUCUGCCUGGACCCCAUAUACAACCUAUAUGCAAUCUCAUGUCACUCUGGAAUUCUGGGAGGAGGCCACUAUGUGACGUAUGCCAAAAACCCCAAUGAGAAGUGGUACUGCUACAACGACAGCAGCUGCAAGGAACUGCGCUCCGACGAGAUAGACGCGGACUCGGCCUACAUCCUGUUCUACGAGCAGCAGGGCGUGGACUGCUCCCGCUUCCUGCCCCGGACGGACGGGAAGAAGAUGGCGGACACCAGCAGCAUGGACGAGGACUUUGAGUCGGACUACAAGAAGUACUGCGUCCUCCAGUGACGACGCGCUCCUCCGCCAGCGGUCCCUCCCCCACGGUCCAUGCGGAGCCGCAGCCCCGUGGCGGGGGGGUGGGUGGGGGGGGGGAGGGGCUUCACUUCUGUACCCGAAGCACAACGCGCGCCCUUCUUAUCUGUCGCUAGUUAUCACAUAAGGAACCUCGUCCCGGAAGGGUAGCUUCUCCCUGCGGCGGUACUUCUGUCCAGCUCUGCCCGUGACCUGUAAUUUCAAACAAAAACGUGAGAGAGAGAGAGAGAGAGAGAGAGAGAGGGUUUGGGUUUACGUGUCGCUAGUUGCCAAGUGAAGUGUUACCCUCCCUGACCCCUAACAUGCUUGUUAUUAUUAUUGAUGUCAGAUGUGUUUCCGCAGCACCGGUCUCAAUAUGCAACAUGACGUGCGCACGCGUUGUACACUUUAGAGGCGUGUUUCUGUGCGUGUGCUCAGGUGGCGCUGGUCAUCAUUUGCAUGUCUGGCGGGCGGAUUGCCGCACCUGCGUGAGCUCAAUGAGGACAGAUCUUCUUACAGGUCCAGCACGGUGUGCCACGGUAGCUGUUGUCACCACUUUAGUGUAGAAACGUGUAAGCGUGUGGAACACUGUGGUUGAAACUGUAAGAGCUAUUAAGACGCUGUCGGCAGAAAACCUCAUACGCUACCUCAGUAUUGUUUUAUUUUCUUGUUUGUUUUUGUGUGUGUGCAGUGUACUGGCUUACUGUCGUAACAGUGACAGGGUUGGGACACGGACAGUGCCCGAAACCCUCGCAGUACACUAGAGAGAGGCCGACGGACACGUCCUUCCUGAAUCCUGUACUCGCACUUGCAAAAACGAAAAUGAGUGCAUUUCAAAUUCAUGGAAUGACAUAGCCCACGUCAGAACCAAGGGGAACUGUGGGAGCUGUAGUUUGCACUUUGUAACUGCCAAAAGCAGAGGUCUGUGUGUCAAGCUGCCCCGUGUAAGUAGCGUUUUUGGCAUUGGAGUGGAUUUUGUGCACUUUUUAAAAACAAAAAACUCGCGAACGCGAGUUGAAAUGUUUUGAUUUAUAUAUGGGUUGGGUGCCAUGCAACACGCAUUAAGUCUCAGUACGCUCAUUUUUUUAGUGGUUUGCUUUUUAUAUGACCCAUCGCAUUGGUUUUUAAUUUGCUUCUGCAGGGCAGGUUCCGUGCAUCCUCUCCUCCGUGCCAUUUUGAGCCGUUCUCAGACGUUCAGCAGCACCUGUGUUUUGGUCAAAGCGUCGCUCGCCGCGCUUUCUUACAAAGUGCGCAGUCUUCCUUUCAAACAAAAUCGCACAGGAUUAUUCUCAUUCUGUCCACUUCCCCGCGAUUCCGUGUGAUCCGUUCAGAGCAGUUCGCUUGUUUGCGUUCAGUCCGGCCUACCGAUGCGUUUCUUCCCGUUUCUUCUGAGUUUGAAAAGCUUGUUUUUGUCAUCGAUUCGCACGCCGAGAGUCUGCCGUGUGCUUGGGAGAAGACCCUCGGCAUGGCAUUUUAUGAUUUGUGUCAUAAGAGACUGUAAGUAGCUGUGUAGACUAAAUUUAAACGUGUACAUUUGGGCAGUUCUUUCAAUUUUUGUGCAGAUGUUACUUGUUGGGUAUAUUAUCUGGCUUCCUGUAGCACUGAAUUGAGAGCUUUCAUUAGCAGAAGCAUUCGAAUCGCCGCUGUGAUCGGACACGUUUUCUUGCACGUUCUGAUCUGAUUCAUGCCUGCCGGUGAGUUGCCACCAACCGUUAACAUCUAACUGGAACCAUCACAGCUAAGCUGGAACCUGAUUGGCUUUUGAGGGACUUCAGUUGAAUGUAGGUUGAAAGAUGCUUGUGUGGUGAGGUUCUGGGAGCACGCUCACUCUUGGCCAGCGCUGUGACGCAUUGUAAAAUCGGCCACAGGCUCAGAAUAGCUGUCGCCCAUGGCUUUGUGGCCUACUGUUCAAGUAGCAGACAGUCCUCCUGGCUGUCUUGUCUCCUCACCCUUCAUCACAACAGCGAUGUGAAAAUCUCAUAGAUGUUAGCGAGCGCUGUCGGUGGAAUGGAUUUAACUGUGUUGUUGUAACUUAUUUAUACGUGUAAACUCUCCUUUUAAUUCAGUUCAUUUAACUGAAAAAACUGAGCUGUCGAAUACUAAAACCACUCUGUGAGAAAUAAUAAUUGUAUAAUGAUGGUAGAUGAUAUGUGGGUGAAAUGAUGAGACUGAACGAGGACAGGUGUAGUAGAAUGCAACUGCUUUUCAUUUCUCUUUUUAGAACUGCGCUGGCUUUGAAUGUGGGAGCUAGGCUAGGAAGGGUCCCUACUUUGAUGGCAUUUGUUCACACAGCAGAUGCCUCCAUCUUACAGCCAGAUCAACUUGCAGCCUGUAACUCGUGUUUUAUGAAAAUACACUUUUCCUCUGUGUAGAGCUGUGGCAUUUCAGGUUCUGUAUGUACUGCGCUCAUCGGUGUAAUGGCACUGUCCCCCAGCGUCAACACAGCAGCGAGUUUGGCCAUGAUUCUCCUUCUCUAACCCACCUAGCCCACUGUAGUCUGAAACCUGUACAUGUGCAAAAUCAGCAUAGAUACGGCUCGUUCUCUUAAAACGCUCAUUUUAAAGCUUUUAAAAAUAUUUUUUAUUUUAUUUUAAUUUUUGCCUGCUAAUACAGAGGUCAUUUGUCCGAUAAGGAGCUAGGUCCACAGUGGAAGAAGUGCGGUGUACUACUGAAUCGUCUUGUCCUUUUGUCAUUAGCUGUAAUCUAUUUGUUAAAUUAAUUCCGACGGACUGACGGAUGUGUAUUCAUUUAAUGAAAUUUAUUUUGUAAAGUAUUGUGUAAAGAAUUUAAAAAGAAAAAUACAUUGCACUGACAUUGAUUCUGGAAAGAUAAAGCCCAUGUACAUAUGUGUGUUUUGGAAAAAAAGAUGUGUAGGAAUUUGAGAUGUAUAAAAUGUACCUGAAUGUAGUUGUGUAUGGAGUGAAUCUUGUUUAUCUGUAACUAUUGUACGAACAACCAAUUAAAUACUGUGGAUGAACGCUG